AUGGAGCCAGUCACUCUCGAACUCGAAACCUAUAUUCCAGGUGCGGCGGAGGUCAAAAGCGAUCUUCCCGAGCAGCAAUCGAGCGUCCAAUACUCCAACUUCACUGUCAAGUUUCAGGUCCUCUACGAGGUGCAUGGGGACUACAAAUCGACGUCAACCAACGAUGCCAGUUUGGUGGUCUUCAAGAUAAUUCCUGAAUCCACGGACCCCAAGCAGAGCUUACUCUCCUUCGAUGUUACUCUGACCAUUUUGCCCGACGGACGUCUGGAUGAGCCGCGGAACGUGCCGAUCCUCCGUUCGUAUGAGCCCAACUCUGCCGGGGCCGAGUACAUCAAAGUGCGCACGACCAAUGAGACAUUGGAGCGGACAUGGGAGGGCAAUGCGCAACUGGACGUGAUGGGGUUCUCGCCAGGCAUCAAGGGUUCGCGAACCAAGAGGACCGAGUUCGAAAAACAACACGUCCUGCAGAUCGAGUCGGGGUUUGGCCGCAGCCCGCCAGCUCCCCUAGGCAAGACCAACGAGGUGUGGUGGCGUAUUCGAGCUGCAGACAUCAAGGAUUCCGGGAUUGGAGAUAGUUUCACAGUGGCACUGCUGAUUCGUCGACCGGCGACGUCUUCCUUCCAAAUCAUGGCUAAGGUGGAUGGGGAGAUAGGAAAUCUCCGCGACCAGAUGAAACGGCUGAUUCCAUCGGGUUUCCGCAGCAAGAAAAACCCCACGGUUUUGGGAACCUAUGGCCCUCGCACUGGCCAGGAGUCGACCGAGGUGCCGAAUGGCAUCGACAGACACAACCUGAGUGCGGCUUCAAAGGACGAUGUCAUGAAGUCGAUCAAGGAGAUAGGCCUCCAUCUUCCUGAGGAGGCUCGACUGGCAAACUUCAGAUCGCAGCCAGCCACCCAAACUGUCAGCCCGUCCGAUGCGGCGGAGAGCGCGACCACAGACGUGUCAGCCUGCGUUAGUGCUGCUAAGACCGUGAAUCGCUCCAUGCAAGAGAUAGUCACGCGCCGAGAUGAUGGCACUGUGUGUACCCCUCCCCAUGGGUCGGAUGAUUCGACGAGGCUGGAAGCUAGGUCGGUCCUGCAGCGCGAGUCUGGCAUGGCACGGAUGGAGCGGCAUCGAAAGAUGGCAGCCUUGUACGAACGAUUGGCUGAGCUUCAUCGGGAAGAAGCUCGACAAUACUUGCCCCAGGAUGAGGUUGCGUAUGCCCGUCAGGUUGAGAACGGGCCGGGAUGGCUUUGA